UGGUUUCGAAUCAGUUGGCUGGAACAGCGUUUAAGAAUAACAUUAAUCUCCUCUCAAUAAAUAGAAAUUAUGAAAAUUUUCCUAAAUUUCGUUUUAAUCCUAACAUUGGCCUGUUUAUCACAGGCCAAUCCCGUCAAGUGGGGUAAAGGUGUGGGUAGUAAACUAUUAUAUCGUAUAAAUGUGGUUCGUACUCCCAUACAAGGUUUUGCUCAAGACGUCUAUGUGGCCUAUCCCAAAGAUGGUGAACCUGCUGCAAAUGAAGAAAUUGUUGACAUUUGGGUUUAUAAUAGAGAUUCAACGGUUACAGUACCAGUACUAGCUUAUGGUGUGGAGAAGGAUCUUGAAGGUCGUCUUGAUUCGGCCACGGUUAUUUUGAGAGGACAACGUUCGGCGGGCAUUAACUCGACUGUGGAAUUUUAUGGUAAAGACUAAAUAUUUGUAUUAUAAAGGGAACUCUUUUCUCCUUUCUACACAACCGAAUUAUGGUCAGUUAUACAAAUUAUUUCACUACAUCUAUAUAAUUAAGAACAAAAAACUUUGUAUGACUGAAAUUAAAUAUUGAUUUAAUUUAUUAAUAAAUUUUAAAAUACAUCUUUCGUGGAAUUUUU